AUGAAGGACGGUGUUCGUUUUGGAAACAUACACUGUCACACACAGCGCUGCCAGCAAAGAUAUAUAAAUCUGCUUGCCUCUCAGUCGACUGCUUACCAAAUCGGUGCUUAUCCAACAACCGCGAACACAUUGCUGGGCCUCAUUGUAUUCUCCGGUAAAUUCUCCCCGCUAUCCGCCCUCACUGACCUCCGCCACUGCUACCUAAGUGCGUGCGGGUAUUACUCCAAGGGCAUCUACGAUGCACAUAAGCAGACCCAAGCACCUAUCCUCCGAACAGGCCCCAACGCCCUUUCCUUCGGCGACGUCCGGGCCAUCCACGAUAUCUACGGCCACGGUACCAGAUGCACAAAAGAUGUGAACUACAGCAUCCUAGGUGGCUCGCACAUGCAGCUUUUCGACGUGGUGGAUAAGGCACACAACUCCCCGAAGUAG